UACUCUACGCAGUAGUAUUGGAAGACGAAGAAGACAGGCGAAGAAGCGGCUCAAUCAAGCCUGCCGCCUAACCUGAUGACAAUGGAUGGCUUUGAUGAAGCCACUCGUUCGGUAUUGGAAGUGUUUUUAUUUGUCGUCUACAGCUGCAAGUGUUGACGAAUGCACCUUGAAAGCCCUUAGCCGAGAGGACUUGCAAGACCUUUUUCCUGGCCCUGAAAACUUUCUUAGAAGGAGAAGAAUUUGGGAUUUUAUCAAUGAAAAUUCUGGAAAUAUAGACCAAGAUUCAAGUGCUUGCAGUGAAUGCAGGAGCAUGCCCUCAACUACUUCUGCGUCACCAUGCCAGCUUAAGACCUCCACUCCCACAUCAGAUGAGAAAAAGAUGAAGAUGCCAGACCCUCCAGAAUAUGUCGUUUACACGGACUCAGAGUUGGAUUUGGUACGGGCUCAAUAUUUUGCACUCCUUCAGAGUGGGAAGGAAAGAGGCUUCAAGAUGUCGAAGGAGCUGUGUUGCAGACUAAUAAGAAACACCAUAACAAGCAUGGUUGCAAUCCUUCGCGCAAGUCCGAUGGGAAAAGAAGCAAGCUAUCCCUCAAAGCUGGAAAUGAAAGUCAUGUCGCAGAAAAUAAUUGAGUACUACCCCAUGUUGCGUGAUACUGAUCCAAAUAUGCCACAUAUAGACUACUUAACUAGCAUUCUUUCACCACAGCUGACGGUCUACACAAAAAUGUUCAAGCGACUCCAGAAUAUGAGAUCCCCAUGCAGGAAGAGGCAGGGCCCCGUUCUUCUGAGAGGCCCAGCAAAGACUCUCUUCAGUGAAGACCAAGACAUUGACACGGAUUUGACAGACACGAGCGGAUCGGCUGAUACAGUCAUUCUUGAGAGCAGUGAAGACCUCAGUGAUGACAAUUGCAGUGCAGUGUCCCCAGCACGAGAUCCCCCUGUGCCAAAAAAGGCAAAGAGUGGCACCAAAGCAUCCAUUCCAUCAUCCAGGUCUUCCUCACCGGCACCCAGGACUGCAAUUGCUUCACCAACCAUGCCUGCGAAAGAUGUUGCUGCGUCCCCAGCACGAGAUCCCCCUGUGCCAAAAAAGACAAAGAGUGGCACCAAAGCAGCAAUUCCAUCAUCCAGGUCUUCCUCACCGGCACCCAUGACUGUGAUUGCUUCACCAACCAUGCCUGCAAAAGAUGUUGCUGCGGGUCUCGACAGUCUGAAGAUGCAGGCCAGACACUACAAAACCUUGAGCAACAUGUACAACAAGCCCAAUGCAAAACCCAAUCAAAAUGAUGUGGCGCAAAUUCUGGACCUCGAGUUCGAAGCCAGACGGGCCUUUAUCGAUUCAGAUGUUACCAAGGAAGAAGACCGACCUGCAAAAAUCCUUGAUGCAUAUCCAUGCUUUAAAGAUGUUCGAAACGCCAUGGAUGAACUACGGCGCAUAGUAGAUGGUACUAACCGCAGAUACAUCGAGGACGUAAGAGGAAGAUGGACAGAAUUCUGCACGAAGGUGCAGUUCUAUAGCGUGUGGAAGAAAGUCCUCAAACCCCCUUUUCCUUUGGAUGUUCGCAGUGUGGAUUUCACACUGGCCCUCUUCAAUGCACUGCCACCCCUCUUCCCCUCAUCCGUUUUGCCACCAAAGAAGCUCGCUUGCAGUGAGGCACUUAUUCAUAUCUUGAAGUCAAACGAAGACCCUGCCCUCUACCUGCAGAAGCGUCCUCUCUGCUCCCCAGUUCUGCUGUUUGAUGGCUCAACUACCAUUGUGGCUGUGGGUAACGUACCUGUUACAACCCUCAAGCAGGAAGAUUUUUCAGAGGGGAUGUUGGUGUUGAUGGCGUACUAUUAUACAUUGCACCUCACAUACCCCAAAUGUGUGGCAACCCUGCUCUCUGUUAUUCAAACGGAGGUCAUUGGUGACGCCCUCCAUGAUAAGGAUGCCACUAGUUCAUACAAAAAAGCAAUGGCCGAGUGGAACGCAUUCAUUGAGAAGUAAAUCUGUCAGUUGUUGAUUACUGAUUGUUACUAUUGCAUUGUUUUGUGUGUUUCACAAGUUAAUUGCUGUUUUUUUGUAAUUAUUCAGUGGGUCUAAGGUGUUGGUCUUUGACCAAUACCCCACCGCAAAGUGAAAUUGAGGCAGUGGCUGAGUCACCGGGAAAACUCUCCUGCUCACUUUGAGUGGCUCAAUUUUACCUCCGAGUGGGGUAUCCCUUAAUAACGCCUGUAUUUCAGGAUACAAUGUUGGAAAAACGCUACCUCAUAAUGGCAGAAUUUAAUUUCCUUUUAUUACUGGGGUUCCAGUACAUCUAAGUUGUUUGUCUUAAACAUGUACCCCAAACCUAAGCGAAAUUGAGUCACUUGCUAUAGUCCCUCGAGUUGUGCAAGUGAGCAGAAAAGUUUUUCAGGUAACCCAGCCACUGUCUUAAUGUGACCCAUCAAAGAGCAGAAUAGAGAGCGCG